AGCUCACAGCUUGUGUGUGAAACAGGCAGCUGCUGGCACGCAAUCUUCCCUGAAGUUGUUUCCUUUCCUUUUUCCUGAGAUUUAGGGGAGGGGGGAAGGGGUUGGAGUCACAUGGAUACAAGGCUUUUGAUUAAUGUCCAAGUCUGUGCUGCUGUGGAGGCUUUCCAACCUCUCAGCUAACAGGGCGAGCUGGGAACCAGUGACCGCUCGUUUCCUCCAGGCUGUGUCCCCUUCCUGACGGGAAAGGAGCUCGUACUAGGGUGGCUCUUUGCCUCCGGACCUCGGGCUGCUGCUGGAGCUGGCCAAGUGCCGGGGCGCUCAGACGGCGCUGCCUGCCGCCGGGAGAGGAGCCGGGCAGGGCACUGGGCUGGGAACACCGCUCCUGCUCGUUGCACCAUGACAGAGGAAAGCAAAGGGGAUGGCAAGGGGGAGAGCGGGAAGGACUUGGAGAAGCAGCUUCGCCUGCGUGUGUGCGUCCUCAGUGAGCUGCUUAAGACCGAGCGGGACUAUGUGGGCACGCUGGAGUUCCUGGUGUCGGCUUUCCUUCACCGAAUGAUCCAGUGUGCAACAGCCAAAGUGGAUAAAAAUGUCACAGAGGAGACAGUUAAGAUGUUGUUUUCAAAUAUCGAAGAUAUCCUUGCAGUUCACAGAAAUUUCCUGUCUCUGGUAGAGGAAUGCUUGCAACCAGAACCUAAUGCACUGCAUGAAGUGGGAACUUGCUUUCUUCAUUAUAAAGAGAAAUUCCGUAUCUAUGAUGAAUACUGCAGUAACCAUGAGAAGGCACAGAAAGUUCUGCUUGACCUUAACAAAAUAAGAACAGUGCGGACUUUUCUUUUGAAUUGCAUGCUGCUUGGAGGACGUAAGAACACAGAUGUGCCAUUGGAGGGGUAUCUAGUAACGCCAAUACAGAGAAUAUGCAAGUAUCCCCUUCUUUUGAAGGAGUUACUGAAGCGGACUCCAAGGAAACACAGUGACUAUGCAGCAUUAAUGGAAGCCCUCCAAGCCAUGAAAGCUGUCUGCUCCAAUAUAAAUGAGGCCAAGAGACAAAUGGAAAAACUAGAGUUUUUGGAAGAAUGGCAGUCUCAUGUUGAAGGAUGGGAGGGGUCCAACAUCACAGAUACAUGCACAGAAAUGCUGAGAAGUGGACUACUUCUGAAAAUUUCAGCAGGAAAUAUCCAAGAGCGGAUAUUUUUUCUUUUUGAUAACCUUUUGGUCUACUGCAAGAAAAAGCACAGGCGAUUGAAGAACAGCAAAGCAUCUACAGAUGGCCAUCGUUACCUUUUUCGGGGCAGAAUAAACACAGAAGUGAUGGAGGUAGAGAACGUGGAUGAUGGAACAGCUGACUAUCAUAGCAGUGGCCAUACUGUUGUUAAUGGCUGGAAGAUCCACAACACAGCAAAAAACAAAUGGUUUGUAUGUAUGGCAAAAACCCCUGAAGAGAAGCAAGAAUGGCUGGAAGCUAUUCUGAAAGAGCGAGAAAGAAGAAAAGGUUUAAAACUAGGCAUGGAACAAGACACUUGGGUGAUGAUCUCUGAACAAGGAGAAAGACUGUACAAAAUGAUGUGCAAACAAGGGAAUCUCAUCAAAGACAGGAAGAGGAAACUAACCACUUUCCCCAAAUGCUUUCUUGGAAGUGAAUUCGUGUCCUGGUUAUUGGAAAUUGGAGAGAUACACAAAUCUGAAGAAGGUGUUCAUCUUGGCCAAGCUUUAUUAGAAAAUGGCAUCAUCCAUCAUGUCACAGAUAAGCACCAAUUCAAACCUGAACACAUGCUGUACAGAUUCCGAUAUGAUGAUGGAACGUAUUAUCCAAGAAAUGAAAUGCAGGAUGUGAUUUCUAAGGGUGUACGGCUGUACUGUCGCCUUCACAGUCUGUUUACCCCAGUAAUUAGGGAUAAGGAUUAUCAUCUGAGAACCUACAAGUCUGUAGUCAUGGCUAACAAACUCAUAGACUGGUUGAUUGCACAGGGGGAUUGCCGGACCAGGGAGGAAGCUAUGAUCUUUGGCGUAGCUCUUUGUGACAAUGGAUUUAUGCACCAUGUGUUAGAAAAAAGUGAAUUUAAAGAUGAACCACUGCUGUUCCGUUUUUUUGCGGAUGAAGAAAUGGAAGGGUCAAAUAUGAAGCACAGGCUCAUGAAACAUGAUUUAAAAGUAGUGGAAAAUGUAAUAGCCAAGUCGUUAUUGAUUACAUCUAAUGAAGGUACUUAUGGUUUUGGUUUAGAAGAUAAAAAUAAAGUGCCAAUUAUUAAAGUGGUGGAGAAAGGAUCAAAUGCUGAGAUGGCAGGCUUGGAAGUUGGGAAGAAAAUCUUUGCUAUUAAUGGUGACCUGGUUUUUCUGCGACCCUUUAGUGAAGUGGAUUGCUUCCUGAAAGCAUGUUUAAACAGCAGAAAGCCCCUACGGGUUCUUGUGAGCACUAAACCACGGGAGACAGUGAAGAUUCCUGACUCUGCAGUUGGACUUGGAUUCCAAAUCCGUGGCUUUGGCCCAUCAGUUGUCCAUGCUGUUGGGAGAGGAACAGUGGCAGCUGCAGCAGGUCUCCACCCUGGCCAAUGCAUAAUCAAAGUCAAUGGAAUUAAUGUCAGCAAAGAGACUCACGCAAGUGUUAUUGCUCACGUCACAGCGUGCAGGAAAUACAGGCGUCCAAUGCAGCAAGAUUCUAUACAGUGGGUUUACAACAGUAUUGAAAGUGCACAGGAAGAUCUUCAGAAAACAAAUACUAAGCCCUCUGGAGAUGAUGGAGGAGAUGCCUUUGACUGCAAAGUGGAAGAGGUAAUUGACAAGUUUAACACUAUGGCAAUAAUUGAUGGGAAGAAAGAUCAUGUGAGUCUGACUGUUGACAAUGUUCAUCUGGAGUACGGAGUGGUUUAUGAGUAUGACAGCACAGCUGGAAUAAAAUGCCAUGUGUUAGAGAAAAUGAUUGAACCAAAGGGGUUUUUCAGCUUGACUGCAAAGAUUCUCGAAGCACUGGCAAAAAGUGAUGAGCAUUUUGUGCAGAAUUGCAACAGCCUGAAUUCCUUAAAUGAAGUAAUCCCCACUGAGCUUCAGAGUAAAUUCAGUGUCAUUUGCAGUGAGAAAAUUGAGCAUAUCUACCGAAGAAUCUCUAGUUAUAAAAAGUUUUCAAGAGUAUUAAAAAACAGAGCUUGGCCUACCUUCAAACAAGCUAAGUCAAAGAUUUCACCACUUCACAGCAGUGAUUUCUGUCCAACCAAUUGCCAUAUCAAUGUGAUGGAGGUCUCUUACCCUAAAACCUCAACUUCGCUCGGUAGUGCCUUUGGUGUUCAGUUAGACAGCAGAAAAAAUUCUUCAUAUGAAAAAGAAAAUAAAAACACUGAUCAAGGUAAACUGAAUCCUAUGAUUUAUGUUCAGCAUACCAUUACCACCAUGGCUGCCCCCUCAGGACAGUCUCUUGGCCAGCAAGAGGGCCAUGGUCUGAGGUACCUUUUAAAAGAAGAAGAUUUAGAAACACAGGAUGUCUAUCAGAAAUUGUUACUCAAAUUGCAGGCUGCACUGAAAGAGGUGGAAACGUGUGUCUGUCAGAUAGAUGACCUUCUUUCUUCAAUAACAUAUUCUCCCAAAUCAGAACGUAAAACGCCUGAGCCUUUAAUACCAGCAGACAGUGAUAAUGACAAGGGAGAAAGGAAUGGAAAGAAGGUCUGUUUCAGCGUGACAGGUGAUGAACAGGAAGAUUCAGGUCAUGACACCAUCAGCAACAGGGAUUCUUACAGUGACUGCAAUAGCAACAGGAACUCCAUUGCCUCAUUCACCAGCAUUUGUAGCAGUCAGUGCAGUUCAUACUUUCACAGUGAUGAAAUGGAUUCAGGUGAUGAGCUUCCCAUAAGUGUUCGAAUCUCUCAUGAUAAACAGGACAAGCUCCAUAGCUGUUUGGAGCAUCUAUUUGGUCAAGUAGAUUCAAUUGUCAGUCUUCUGAAAGGACCAGCCGUGGUGAGGGCCUUUGAACAGACUAAAUACUUUACACCAGGUCGAGGCCUGCAAGAGUUUCAGCAGGAAAUGGAACCGAAACUUAGCUGUCCAAAGAGGCUACGACUCCACAUUAAGCAAGACCCUUGGAACCUUCCCAGCAGUGUCCGAAGUCUUGCCCAGAAUAUCAGAAAAUUUGUGGAAGAGGUGAAGGCACGGAUACUCUUGGCACUUCUUGAGUAUACAGAUAGCGAGAUACAACUGAGGCGAGACAUGGUCUUCUGUCAGAGUCUUGUGGCUACAGUCUGUGCUUUUUCAGAGCAACUAAUGGUGGCCUUAAGUCAGAUGUUUGACAACAGCAAAGAAUACGAAAUGGAGACUCUGGAGGCCAGCAGAAGGUGGCUGGAACAGAUUGCUAAUGCAGGUGUUCUCCUUCAUUUCCAGUCACUGCUGUCACCCAACCUGGCUGAUGAGCAAGCCAUGCUAGAAGAUACACUGGUUGCACUGUUUGACUUGGAAAAAGUUACUUUUUACUUCAGACAAUCAGAGCCAGAACCACUAGUUGCAAAUGUUCCAAUCACAUACCAAGCAGAAGGAAGCCGGCAAACCCUGAAGGUUUACUUCUACCUUGAUGCUUACCAUUUUGAACAGCUUCCUCAAAGGCUAAAGAAUGGAGGAGGAUUUAAAAUUCACCCAGUACUUUUUUCACAAGCACUAGAGAGCAUGGAAGGAUAUUAUUACAGGGACAGUGUCUCAGUAGAAGAAUUUCAAGCUCAGAUUAAUGCAGCCUCACUAGAAAAAGUCAAGCAGUAUAACCAGAAACUGAGGGCAUUCUACUUGGACAAGUCAAACCUGCCUCCAAAUUCAACAUCUAAAGCAGCUUAUAUAGAUAAGUUUAUGAGACCUCUCAAUUGCUUGGAUGAACUUUACCGACUCAUAGGGUCCUUUAUCCGAUCCAAACGCACCGCUGCCUGUGCAUACACUGCUUGCAGUGCUUCUGGAGUUGGGUUGCUCUCGGUGUCCUCAGAACUCUGUAACAGGCUUGGAGCAUGUCACAUCAUUAUGUGCAACAGCGGAGUUCACCGCUGCACUCUGAGUGUUACCCUGGAGCAAGCGAUCAUUCUGGCUCGGAGCCAUGGGCUACCUCCUCGCUAUAUCAUGCAAGCUACAGAUGUCAUGCGCAAACAGGGAGCAAGAGUACAAAAUACAGCCAAGAAUUUAGGAGUGAGGGAUCGAACGCCACAGUCCGUCCCAAGAUUAUACAAGCUAUGCCAGCCACCACCACCCAUUGGAGAAGAAUGAGGAGAACUACUCCAGAAAAUAAUCAAGCAAUGGCUUUUAGGACACCAGGACUAUAAAAUCUAACUGCAUGUUAGGGGGCUCUGAUAAAUAAAAGCCCUUUACUCAGGAUAAAGAAAGAAAUAUCCUAAAUAGUCUCUGACAUUGGAAUAUGACUUCCAAAAAAGCAUUUCUGGAAUCUGUGCACUCCAGCCUUAUGUUAGCAAAACAGGAAUUUUCCUUGGGAAUUUUACACUGGAAUCAGGUUCAUUAGAUGUUCAGUCCUGUUCAGCCACAUGAAAUAGGCACAGCCAGCAGCUUGAAAAGAAAUCUCUUGUGUCCAAGUGAAGUCAUGCUCUCUGAACUAGCAGGAUGUGUUCUUGUGGAAGGAACAAAAGCCUAGAUAAAGGGGUAUGCACUUCAUAUGGGGUCUUUUGCACUGAUAAUCCCCCCCCCUUUUUUUCCUUUCCUAUCAGCAUCAUAACUUCUCACCUUUUCAUAACAAUGAAAGUAAAGUUUCAAGGAUAUAAUGCAAGUGAGGUUUAAGGAUAAAAACUCAUCUCAGAAUUGUGCCUAAUGACUACAGACUGACUGCUUCUAUGAACAUAUGUUCUUAUAAACACAGCCAUGUCUAAAGCGUCCCAUUGUCGUACUCAUUUUGAAGGAAUGUGAAUAUGGCAUCUGUUUUACCCUUUUUCAGUUGUCAUUAUAUUGAAGGAGAGAAGGAUCUUAAGUCUGAUUUUCUUCCAUAAUUAGAUUGAAUUUGAGACUCUGAUGUCUAAUGGAUGUUUUACAUCAUGGUGCCUCUUCUAGAGUUCUUCAAAGUUGUGCAUAUUCUUGUACAGUAUUAUACUAGCAAAACUAUACAAGAUGAGUAUGAGAUAGUGUUGUUAGAUUUAACUGGAAAUGUUCGUGUAAAUUUUGGCAUUUUAAUGUUUUAUGCCACCAUUUACAUUAUUUUGUCAGUGUUUUUCUUAUAGCUUUUCAGUUUGUUCUUGUGAAGUUGUAACUUCAUAACUGUUAGAGAUUUAUUUUGAAGAUUCUACUAUUUAGAGGGCACAGGAAAAUACAUCUGCAUUUAGCUGCUUUUUUUGGCCAAAGUAUUUUCAGAGAAAAUGCCCCCAAAUGACAUUUCCUGUCAGAACACAAUAAAGCAAAAUUCUGAAAUAGCUCUAGUUGUAGUGGUAGCUACACAUUCUGUUAGAGAGGGACAUGUACUGUCUGAAUAAAAUUUAUUUUCUAGGCGGUAGCAGCCUAUAGUUAUGCUGUAGCAAUCAAACCUCACAGCAUAAUUUUUUGCAUAUUAUCUAAUUAUUUAUAAAAUUUUCAACAAAUUUAUUAAUCCACAAAGAAAUAGAUGAGAAUUCAGAACCAGCUGUACUCUGGGGAAGAGUACUUUUUGCAUAGGAUAUAUAGGGGACUUGUUACAUUCCUCCAAAGGAGGAAUUAGGACUCCUACAGUUUUCAGUAUUUUUAAGUUUUUUACACAGACUUUAACUUUACUUUGCUAAGAAAGUAAAUAUUUUUAUAUAUCUACAGAUAUAUAUGUCUGCACAUAUUCUGUCUUCAAUAUGUAUAUAUUUAUAUAGUCAUCAAUUUAUUAGUGAUCCGCCUUUGAAUAUAGAAUGUUUUCCUUAAACUGUGACAAAAGCAUGCAAUAAUGAACACAAGUCACAAUUUCUCCUCUGUGCUUUGAAGUCUACACUCUUUAAUAGCUAUGGGAAACUAUGAGGCUUAAAUCUUUUUGAUUAAAAAAAAAAAGUUUUAUUCUGUGGAAACGUACUCUUUCUGUCUAGGAUGACCUAAUGCUUUUACAGAAGAAAAGAAUGAGUCACAAUUUAUAUAGUUGCUAUUCUAGUCAGAGUAUUUCAUACUUUUGGAUGUGUUUUAUUCAGAGAGGCAGUAUUGGUUAGGAUAAUUCCCGCUCCAGGCGGAAGUGCCAAAAAUGUUUCUGUUAUUGCCUGUUCAGAAAUCAGAAAUACAUAGAAGGCAUAACCUUCUCCUGCCAAGGACGGUGCUGCAAACCCUGUGGAUGGUGGUGUGUUCUGAAUGGUGGGGUCAGCCUCUGCUGGGAGCUCAGAUCUUGCUGGGGGAUGUUGCCUGCCUGACUUUUUUUUUUUUUUUUUUUUUUUUUUUUUUUAAACUACAAAGGGAAGUCAGCUGUUAGUUGAAUGCAACUGCUAAUUUUGUAUAAUAUAACCUAGAGGACAAAAUCUGUUGCAUGCACACAUGUUAUUGUAACUAAGCUGUUGAUCACUUUUUUAUCACAUUGAAAAAUGGCAGGAAUGUAAGUAUGCCAAAAUAGUCUCUUCUAUAAUAUGGCAAUUGUAAUACUUUGUUUUGCGUUUGAAAGCACAGGGUAAUAGACACUUUUAAAUACUGAGGGAUAAAUAGUUAUGAUCCACAGUCACUGGACUAAUUUCUUCAGCUGUUGUUCCACAUGAGCGUGCAUCAGAAAUCUUGACCCUUUGUUUUUUGUAUCUAAUUUUUGUUGUUUUAUAGUAAGGAAGACAGAAUGGACUGGAUCCUCAAGCUCUCCUCAACCUUGAGGUAGUCAAAAAGUUAUUCAGCACUGCAAGCUUCAUUAUCUAAAGCACUGGUUUGGACCUGUGCUGCAAAAUAAUUUAUCUAAUUAGGCUGGUAUAUUCAGAAGGGUCUGAUAAACCUAAGUCCUAGUUUCCUGGGAUUUUAGGUGGGAUGCAGAGAAAGGGUUUCCAAAGUACUCAAAGGAAAUUAGACAUAAAUCUCCUAUUGACUCUCUAUGGAGAGUGGAUGCCUGAUUUUUUCAAAAUUUCUGUAAAAUCCAGUGCUCACUUGAAACUGUGCAAUUUUUCAAACUGCUUUUCUUGGCCCUCUCUUUUCAGAACACAUUGCACAUUCUAAUGCAUCUGGCUUCUAGUAAAAUUAGAUGGACAUUGAAGAAGCCUAUUCUUAAAUUAUCAAUUUAUGUAUGUUCAUGACUAAAGCUAUUUAUCUUGCUUGGUAAAUGUACAGGAUGUAUUUAUUUCUUAUGCAAUGCACACAGGCAGGAGAAAAAAUCAGUUCUCAUCACAGUAUGUUUAUCCUCUCAUAGAUUUUUAGGCUUGCAGACAAUGAGAAGUGAUCACCGAGAGCGAUGAUUUACAAGAACUGUAACGCCCACAGCUUGUGAAACCUUUACUUCUACUUCAACAGAUCAUGCAAUCUGUUUUUUUUUAUGACAAUGCAUUAUACCAGUUUAGGGAAAGCAUUUUGUAUGUCAUUUCUAGGUCUUCAUUCAAGUCAAGUUUAAUAUUCUUGGGAAUAAAAUUCAAGCAUCUACAGACAUACAUUAUCAAAUACUGACUACCAUAAUUCAGUGGUAGAGAGUGUUGUGGGAGAUUUAACAGCUGGGAGGGCAGGGUUAAGAGCCAAGUAACAGUUAAGUCAUGUAGUAGGGUUCAUGUUUGGAGAGAACUUGCUUAUUGUUUUAAGGUGGAGCUGAUGAGGUUGGGACUAUCUUUGUAACCAUCAUCUGUAAGUAACAGGAUAUUAAACAGUCUUUAUGCUAUGAAAUGAGCAUUUGUUCAGUGCAGCUCCCCAAAUUAAGUAUUUUAUAACACUUACUGUCCUUGCAGGUUGUAAAUGUAAAUGAAUACAAAAAAGAUGUAUGUGCUGGUUUCUAAUUGUUGAGCACAUUUGUGUUUAGGAAUCCAUUUUCAAGUAAAUAUUUCUGCUUUCAGCUGAACCAACAUCAGUUGUAUGUCCACUGAGAAAGUUACAAUCUUCCGGUGGUUUUUUUCAGAUAGCUAAAACCCAAUGGUUUUAGCAAAUGCAUCUGUGUUUUUUCGUUUUUGGGUUUUUUUUUUUUUUUUAAAUGCAGACAAUAGUCAUCAGAACUGCUCUUCUACUCUUUUAUAGCCAAAACAAUCAGAUUAGGAUUUAUAGUAAUCAUAUUUCAUUUCAUUUAUUAGACUCCCCUUAUUCUGAGUGUGGAAAAAAACAAACCAGUUUUAUUGCUCUGCUUUUACUUGGAGAAAUUCAUGGCAAGCAGCAUUGAUUUAUUUCAGUAAUUCAUUGUCAGAUGUAGCAUAUGUAUUUAAGACAAUUGCUUGAAUGUGAGUAUACACAUUGUGAUUAAGCAUGAUGUUCAGAACAGGAAAGUAUUUUCAUUUGUUUUCAUUUACAUUUGUAAAAUUAGUAACUGUAGUAUAUAUACAAUAUUUUUCCUUACUCUUUAAUUUGCAGCUACUACAUGGAUCUGUCUUUCAGCAUUUUAUGCAUAUUUUGCACCGUUAUUGUUUAACAUGAUGGAAACAGGAGAGUUUCUUAAGCUAAUGCAUUGCCUUAGGUAUCUUUAUGCUUGUUGAGAAACGCAGGUAAUGCUUUUCUAAUUGUACUCCAGCAGUACACUGGCAUUAGUAAAUUAGAUGCACAGUGCGUACCUGUCUCAGGAUACCUGGAUUUUUGAUGAUUAGGUUUUGAUAUAUAAAAAGAUACUGCACUCACUUAUAUUUUUGUAUGCUGACAAUUGAUUUUUUUAUAUACUGUAUAUAUCCAUUGAGAAGUUUUCCUAAAGAAAAUGCGUUAUUAGGAGUAUUGCCUUUUUCCUGCUAAACAAGUGACUUUAUUUUCUUGUUAUAUGUGUAUAAAUGAAUAUCCUGCAUGCAUAGUCAUGCAGGUAUUAGUACCAAUGAGAAACUUCAGAUUGUCCAGAGCCCAAUCAAGUAGUCAUUUCUUAUGUUUUUCUCCAGAAAUAACCUCUCCAUGCUAGAAAUUCUGUAUUGCUAGAUGGAACUACUUUAGAAAUAACUUCUGCUUCAGUUUGAAAGUCCAAUGGAGUGUACUUCCAUAGUAGUGGGGACAUUUCUGCAAGUACUUGGAUUUGGACUUUCAUGGGAAUAUCCACAACAUUUCUAAUGUGUGUGUGUCCUAUAUGCAUGUGUCAGAUUUAAAAGAUUAAGCAGCCUUAUUCACUUUUUAAUGCCCUGUAUAUAGUGUAUGUAGUUGUUUAUGCUUGUUCAUUAAGAAAAAUGAAUACUUUUUGCGUCAAAGUAUUGCACACAUUUUUCAAAUGAAUAUAUUGUUUGUAACCCCUCAGUAAGCACAAGAGAGCAUUACUGUUUUGAAAUAUAUAUAAAUAUAUCAAUACACGCAAUCUGUCAAUGACCUUUUGUUUGAAAACGGUUGAACUAGCAGCUUUGUGGGUAGUUGAGUUUGUUAGAAGUAACCUUUUGAAUUUAAUGUUAAAUCUCCUUGAAACAUGGAUUUAAAUUACUUUUUCUUAUUUGUAAAGUGCCUAUGUAGCAUACCUUGAGUCUGUUACUAUAUUGAUUAUGGUUUAAACUAAUACUCUGUACUUUAGAUCUAUAGUUUAUUUUUGUAGUCUACAUAUUAAAGACUGGAAUGGUAACAAUGUAUUACAAAAUGUCAGAUAGCAAUAAAACCAAUGUUAAUAUGGCCA